AUGGUCACAUUAUUCCGAGGAAAAGCACUGAGCGUAGCGCAGGCGCUGCUCAUUGUAGCACCGGCCUUCAUCGUCUUCGGUUACAACCAAUCUGGCUUGGGCCCUCUGGCUACCUUGCAGAGCUGGGUGAGCGUGUUCCCUGAAAUCGACACAAUCAACACCGAGGGUGCUCAGCGUGCGCAUAACUCGACAGGCAAGGGUACUGUGAUCGGAUCCUUCCAGCUCGGUGCUCUAUUUGGAGCCUUGUCGUGUACAUUCCUGGGUGACCGCCUCGGUCGCCGCAAGACUAUCUUCUUGGGUGCUAUCCUUACUAUCAUCGGUCAACUGCUGCAGACUGCGGCUUACGGGUUGCCACAAUUCAUUGUUGGCCGUGUUAUUCUUGGUGUCGGUGUCGGUCAACUGAGUGUUGCCGUUCCCGUAUGGCAGUCUGAGUGCACAUCAGCCAAACACCGUGGACAACACGUGGUCGUGGACGGUAUCUGUAUCUGUUUGGGUUACGUUCUCUGUAACUGGAUUGAUUUUGGCUUGAGCAAAGUCCCUGGAGCCUUGCAAUGGCGUGUGCCGCUGGCCAUUUCCUUCUUCUUCUCCCUCGUCGUUGUGCUCUCAAUCUUCUUGCUCCCCGAGUCUCCUCGAUGGCUCGUGCGAGUUGGCCGGGUCGAAGAGGCCGCCCAAAGUCUAGCUGCCUACAAGGGUCUGUCUGAAGAUGACGAGGCUGUCCGCACCGAAAUCGCUAGCAUCGAGACCUCCCUCGAGAGUACAGUCGACAGCACCUCGCUCAUGGAUAUCUUCAGCAGCAAGGCCGACGACGAGCGUCUUCUCUACCGGUUCUGUCUGUGUGUUGCACUGCAAUUCUUCCAGCAAAUGUGUGGUGGAAACCUGAUCUCGACAUACGUGUCCACAAUCUUCGAAGAGAACCUCAACAUGAGCAGUGACCUGGCUCGCAUUCUGUCUUCAUGUGCCAUGACCUGGAAGUUCAUCUGCAGCUUCAUCUCCUUCUUCGCCAUCGACCGACUCGGCCGCCGAAAGAUCUUCAUGAUCAGCGGCACUGGUAUGUGUGUCUGCAUGACCGUCCUCGCCAUCACCAACAGCUUCAAAGACAACACAACUGCCUCGAUUAUUUCGGCCGUCUUCAUCUUCCUCUUCAACUCGUUCUAUCCUAUCGGUUUCCUUGGUGGUAACUUCCUCUACUGUACCGAGGUCGCUCCUAUGCGUCUCCGUGUCGCCAUGUCCGCCGUCUCGACUGCGAACCACUGGCUGUGGAACUUUGUGGUUGUCAUGAUCACCCCCGUCGCGCUCGAUACCAUCGGAUACAAGUACUACAUUGUGUACGCUGUCAUCUCUGCUUGCAUUCCAGUCUCGGUUUACUUCUUCUAUCCCGAGACGAUGAACCGCAACUUGGAGGCUUUGAACCACGUCUUUCGCGAUGCCGCGACCCCAUGGGAUAUUGUCGCCAUGGCUCGUCGCCUGCCUCAGGGCGAGGCUUCCGAGGUGGACGAGUGGAUGCACUCGGAGGAGAAGCGUGCGAUUGACCAGAAGGAAAAUGCUUAA